UUUUCUUUCUUUUAUUCUCAUCACUACUGCAAAUUUGGCAACAAUGAGUUUGUGUACAAACAAUAUGGAAGGAAUUGUUAGUGAAAUGAUUGUUUUCGUUUUUGGAUAAGUAUCAAAACUUUUUUGUGUUGGUUUAAUUUCGAAUUAUGGGUAGGACACAGCCUUUACCUUUAUUCAUUUUAAAAGGACAUGAAGGAACAAUCACUUCCUUGCAUUUUACCACCGAAAAAGACCAUGCUGUCACUGCUCAGCCGUCAUUAAUAUCUGGAAGUGAUUGUGGCGAAAUUUUUAUUUGGAGUCUUGAGAACAAUCGGACAUAUCAUAGAUUUAGUGCACAUGAUAAAAAAAUGAUCAUGUUUCUAUGUUAUUACAAGUCAUCACUUCUCAGUCAAGGAAGAGAUGGUAUGAUAAAUGUUUGGAACUAUACCAGCUGUGAAUGGAUAGUUAUGAAAAUAUCGAGAAACAGAAAAUGCUAGAAUUAUCUCGUGCUGCCAGUUAAAAUCUAUUUCACAUAUAUAUAUAUAUAUAUGUCACUAUAUCUAAGUCAUAUCUGUCUGACUAUAUCUAAAUCAGAGAGAGUCAUCUCAGCUCAGUUGUUUAGUUAGCUGCUGUUGUUAUUGUUGGGAUUUCAGCAUGAGAUCAGAUUAGCUUUCUCUUUAAAUUCUCUGUGAAUUGUGUUCUAUUUAAU